UGUGACGGAGCGUUAGACCGGAUCAGUGGAGUCAUGCGUCACACAGCUGUAUCAUGUUGGCAGCCGUUCCUGGGUCUGGCUGUGCUGCUAGUCUUCAUGGGCCCCACCAUAGGCUGCCCGGCCCGCUGUGAAUGCUCGGCUCAGAACAAGUCCGUCAGCUGUCACCGAAGGCGUCUGAUGUCCAUCCCGGAGGGCAUUCCCAUUGAGACCAAAAUAUUGGACCUCAGCAAGAACCGGCUGAAGAGUGUCAACCCUGAGGAAUUCACGUCGUACCCUUUGCUGGAGGAGAUCGACCUCAGUGACAAUAUAGUCGCCAAUGUGGAGCCUGGAGCCUUUAACAAUCUCUUCAACUUGCGCUCCCUGAGGCUGAAAGGAAACCGUCUGAAGCUGGUUCCCCUUGGGGUGUUCACUGGGUUGUCAAACUUAACAAAGCUCGAUAUAAGUGAAAACAAGAUUGUCAUUUUGCUGGACUACAUGUUCCAAGAUCUGCAUAACCUAAAGUCCCUGGAGGUUGGGGACAAUGAUUUGGUCUAUAUAUCACACAGGGCCUUUAGCGGACUGCUCAGCCUGGAGCAGCUCACCCUGGAGAGAUGCAACCUCACAGCUGUACCAACAGAAGCUCUUUCUCACCUCCACAACCUAAUCAGUCUCCAUCUGAAACAGCUCAACAUUAACGCUUUGCCUGCAUAUGCCUUUAAAAGACUGUUUCGCCUGAAAGACCUAGAGAUAGACACCUGGCCCCUCCUCGACAUGCUGCCCGCCAAUAGUCUGUAUGGUCUCAACCUUACUUCUCUCUCCAUCACCAACACCAACCUGUCUGCAGUACCUUACUCUGCUUUUAAACACCUGGUUUACCUGACACAUCUAAACCUCUCUUACAACCCUAUCAGCACCAUUGAAGCAGGCAUGCUUUCAGAUUUAGUGCGCCUGCAGGAACUCCACAUGGUGGGGGCCCAGCUACGCACCAUUGAACCGCACGCUUUCCAAGGGCUCCGAUUCUUACGUGUGCUUAAUGUGUCCCAAAACCUGCUAGAAACCCUAGAAGAGAAUGUAUUCCAUUCCCCCAAAAGCCUUGAGCUCCUCUGCAUUAACAACAACCCUCUGGCCUGUGACUGCCGUCUCCUUUGGAUUUUACAGAGGCAACCCACUCUGCAGUUUGGAGGCCAGCCACCGAUGUGUGCUGGCCCAGACAGUGUGAAAGAGAGGUCAUUCAAAGACUUUCACAGUACAGCUCUUUCCUUUUACUUCACCUGUAAGAAACCCAAGAUACAAGACAAGAAGUUGCAAUACCUGGUAGUGGAGGAAGGGCAGACGGUGCAGUUGAUGUGCAAUGCUGACGGUGAUCCACAGCCUACCAUAUCCUGGGUUACCCCACGUCGGAGGCUGAUCACAACUAAAUCAAAUGGAAGGGCCACUGUUUUGGGAGAUGGCACCCUGGAGAUCCGAUUUGCUCAAGACCAGGACACUGGGAUUUAUGUUUGUAUUGCAAGUAAUGCAGCUGGGAACGACACUUACUCGGCCUCCCUUACUGUAAAGGGGUUUACUUCAGACCGUUUCCUUUACGCCAACAGGACCCCUAUGUAUAUGACAGACUCCAACGACACAAGUUCCAAUGGAACUAAUGCAAACACCUUCUCUCUGGACCUUAAGACAAUAUUGGUGUCCACAGCUAUGGGCUGUUUCACAUUCCUUGGAGUGGUUUUAUUUUGUUUCCUCCUUCUUUUCGUGUGGAGCCGAGGGAAAGGCAAACACAAAACCAGCAUUGACCUUGAAUAUGUCCCUCGCAAAAACAACGGUGCUGUGGUUGAAGGGGAGGUUGCUGGACCACGAAGGUUCAAUAUGAAAAUGAUUUGA